CGCAGCAUAAAUUCUAAGUGGCAGCUUUAAUUCGAGGUAAUGGAUGACGGUGCAAUAAACAAACUGUGUGAUCAAUCUGUUUGUGAACAAGAUGUACAAGAGCUUGGUUGUGCUCACUAUUUUGCUGGGACUGUACGUGGAGACGGUCCCUGCCGCUUACUGCAGAUACUCAUUCCUCUCCUCAAGAGAUUGGUAUUGUAGCUUUUCCUGCUGCUUUGACUAUGUUGGAUGCUGCUACAACUACUGGUAUGCUUGGUCUAUAGGAUCAGUACUAUUCCUACUCUGCCUGUGCUCUUGUGCUGGUGUUGGGGGCUAUCGUUAUCGACGACGCACUUACUACACGACAGGCCCAGCCCCAGUGACUACCACUGUCGUCACCUCUGCCAACACAAAUAUGUACCCGGCCCACCCCCCUCCCCCUCAGAGCGGGUACCAACCUUACGCUCCUCCUAAGGAUGCUCCUCCCCCAUACAACCCAACCACUGCACAUGGGCAGGAGAAACCACCGGCUUAUGCGUACUAAUAAACACUAAACUGUUGACUUUUUACCAUUGUUGGGUUAUACAUAAUUAUAUAGCUGAGAUUAAUCUUUAGUUUAAUACUGGACUGUGCUGAUCGAUCAUUCGUUGUUAUUUUUAUUGCA